CGUAAUUCCAAGGAUUUAGGGAGAGGAAGUGAAACUACUAAUGAAACGCAGCAUUGUUGGAGCCAGCAAAACAUCGUGAAAAGGGGAAACGCGUGUAGCCCACCGAUUAUAUACGGCCGUAAUGCACUUCCACAUUAAACACAUAAUGCGCCUGAACCACUGCGCCCCUCUUCAGCACAAGAGGACACUCGGGAAGAAACUGUUUACUGUUUCAGCUGCACAACAACGUGGCGUAUCUGCAGCAGGUUCGCAUACUCCUGCAGACUUUAACAAGUGUUAUGCCCUGCAGUGCUGCAGGAACUAUGUAUCCGACACGGCGUAUGCCCGAGCCUUCGCCACAGCGAGGGACAACCCGGAGGAAUUCUGGGGUGUGGCGGGAAAGGAUAUUAACUGGUUUGAACCGUGGAGUAAAACUUUGCAUGUUGAGGAUCCAGUGUUUCCAAACUGGUUUGUUGGAGGGAAGUUGAACAUGUGCUACAAUGCUGUGGAUCGUCAUGUAGAGAGUGGCCGUGGAGAGCAGCCUGCCAUCAUUUAUGACAGCCCAGUGACUGGAACAAAACAGAUCAUCACUUUCAGGGAACUUCAGGACCAGGUGUCCAGGCUAGCAGGAGUCCUAGUGAAGAAUGGGGUACGGAAAGGAGAUCUGGUAGUCAUCUACAUGCCCAUGGUGCCUCAGGCCAUGUUCACCAUGUUGGCUUGUGCAAGGAUCGGUGCCCCACACAGCCUCAUCUUUGGAGGCUUCGCUUCCAAAGAGCUUUCUGUCCGUAUCAAUCAUGCCAAGCCCAAGCUGAUGGUUACAGCCUCAUUUGGAAUUGAGCCAGGCAGAAGAGUAGAGUACAUCCCUCUGGUGGAGAAGGCCUUGGAGCUGAGCUCUCACAGGCCCUCUAAAGUCCUCAUCUACAACAGGCCUAACAUGGUGAAAGUAUCAAUGAAUCCGGAGUUGAGUCUAGACUGGGAGGAAGAGAUGGCCACAGCUGAGCCGCAUGACUGUGUUUCUGUUCCCUCGAACCACCCUCUCUACAUCCUCUAUACAUCUGGCACCACUGGAACACCAAAGGGUGUAGUGCGAGACACUGCAGGCUAUGCUGUGAUGCUGAAAUGGACCAUGUCAAAUAUUUAUGGACUCAGUCCUGGAGAUGUUUGGUGGGCAGCGUCAGACCUGGGCUGGGUGGUCGGCCAUUCAUAUAUCUGCUAUGGUCCUCUGCUCCAUGGUAACAGCACAAUUCUCUAUGAGGGUAAGCCUGUGGGAACUCCAGACCCUGGGGCGUUCUUCCGUGUCCUGUCUGAAAACGGAGCCUCCUCCAUGUUCACAGCACCCACCGCCAUUCGAGCUAUUCGCCAGCAGGACCCCCAUGCUGAAAUUGGGAAAAAAUACCCCCUGUCCAGGUUGCGGUAUUUAUUCGUGGCAGGAGAGCGUUGUGAUGUGGAGACGCUGGAAUGGGCAAAGAGGGGCUUUGGGGUUCCUGUCCUGGAUCACUGGUGGCAGACUGAAACUGGCUCAGCCAUCACCUCUUCAUGUAUUGGUCUGGGGAACUCACUCACGCCACCCGCAGGUCAGGCUGGCAAACCUGUUCCAGGUUACAAUGUUACAGUGAUCGAUGAUAACAUGCUGGAGGUGAAGCCAAGAACCCUGGGAAAUAUUGUGGUGAGGCUACCUUUACCUCCUGGUGCAGCAUUGUCACUGUGGCAGAACCACAAACUGUUCAAGGAGCUCUACUUCACUAAGUUCCCUGGUUACUAUGACACCAUGGAUGCAGGUUAUGUGGAUGAGGAGGGUUUCCUUUACAUCAUGUCCCGGUCUGAUGAUGUCAUCAACGUGGCAGGCCACAGGCUGUCUGCUGGCGCACUGGAGGAGUCAGUGCUGCAGCACCCUGCAGUGGGAGACUGUGCUGUGGUGGGUCUAGAGGACACUCUGAAGGGUGUUGUUCCAUUGGCCUUGUGUGUGCUCAAAAAUGGUGUGCAUAAAAAUGAAGAGGAGAUCAUAAAUGAGAUGGUGAGGCUUGUGAGAACCACCAUUGGACCAGUGGCUGCCUUUAGGAAAGUGCUAUUUGUCAAAGGCUUGCCAAAGACGCGCUCUGGCAAGAUCCCUCGCUCCUCUUUGGCCAACCUGGUUAAUGGCAAGCCCUACAAGAUCAGUCCAACCAUCGAGGACCCAGACGUGUUCAAAGACAUCGAGAGGCAGGUAGAAAAAGCCCUGAGACCUCGCGGAGCCUGAACUCAUCUGUUGGAUGACGAAGAAAACUGAGGUUGGAUAACUUUUGCCAACACAAGCCGUACACAGGGUCCUGCAAAAGUGAUCUAAAAGUAGAAGUAACGAUUAUUCUUCUUUUUCUAAGUCAGAUAUACUAAGAUAGUAAUGUCAGAAAGUUUUACCUUCUCAUCUUUUAUCAACGUGUGUAUUUGUAUGUAAUCUGAAACCGUACUGUACUACAAGCUUUGUACAUUCAUAAUUAAUGAACAGAGAGGCUAGGUACGGUUAUGGUUUAGCCAAAGUGACGCUCUUGAGCCAUGAACAUUUUGAAUUAUGAAGAAUAAUGAAGACAACUCAUUUACUGACGGUAGUUGGUUUUCUUUUAUUGACGAUGAAAAUUUGCUUGCUCACCACUUAGUUUUGACCAAAG